AUGGCGACGCAGCAAGGAUUUGGAGUUGAAAUUUACCGUGGUGUAAUCAGUGAUGUUGUUAGUCAGGUUAGAGAAGCAUUUUUGGACGAAGGCAUUGAUAUUGAAGCUUGGGAAACCAAAAUACAAGCGAGUGGAGCAGUCGAUUUGGAUGCCCGUCCUCCACCACCUCCAGCACAGCCGCCUCCAACAAAGCAGUCCAGGCAUCAUACUACGCAAAACACUUCUACACAACGUCCAUCCACUUCUGAUCAGACGCCUGGGACUUCUCAGCGUCCAAGUUCGUCUGAGCAAGUGCAGGGUACAUCAACAACAGCUUCCCAACAACAAAAAACUUUGGCAGUUUCGGCGCAACAACAACAGCAAAGUCUACCCCAACUACCUGCUCCUCUUCAGUUAUUAAAUUUGCCUACACAAAUGCUCAAUGCAGCAGUGCAAUUUCCGCCAGGCAUAUUGCCACCAGGCUCACAAUGUGCGAUUAUUGAAGGACCUAAUGGCCCUAAUUUUGUUCUGCUUAAUCCACAAAUGCAACUUAGUCUGGAUAGCCAAGCUCAAUUAAUUUUACAACAGAAUGCAGGAAACCCAAGUUUUCGAAGACCUGUACAAGAAAUUGCAACAAAGAAGGAAAAUUCAAAUCAACAUUUACCCCAACUUGAUGGUGGAGGUCCAGGCAUGACUGACAGUUCCUCAGAAGAAGAACAGGAAGACGAUCCAUUGAAAAGAUAUGCUGGUUUGGAAGAUGAAACGGCACAGCAAGAAAGUCCAGCGGAAGAAGAGGUACCUUUAAAUUCAGAUGAUGACCAAAGCGAUGACGAGGAUUUGGAUACACUCUUUGAUGCUGACAAUGUUGUUGUUUGCCAAUUUGAAAAGGUCCACCGAGCAAGAAAUAAAUGGAAAUUUAUUCUAAAAGAUGGAGUCAUGCAAAUAAAAGGCAAAGACUAUUGUUUUCAUAAAAGUAAUGGCGAGGCAGAGUGGUGA